AUGUCUGCCCAGUUCAGCAACACCACCAACAACAAGGCCCCCUCUGCCGGCACCAAGGUCCAACCCGGCGCCGGUGCCCCCACCCAGAGUGAGUCCACGGGCCCUGUCCCCUCGGGCUCUCUCGCCGCCGAGUCCGCCCGCGAGGGCGGCUCCUUCGCAGCCAACGCCGGCGUCGACGCCUCUUCCGGCACCACCAACUCCGCUGCCCGAGCCGGCACUGGCUCUUCUACCGGCGCAAGCUCAUCAUCGAUCCCCGGUCAGGCCGGCACAGCGCCGACAUACGUGAACAACCAGUACAUCCGCGACCCCGCGGGCCCCCACGGCAAGAACAUCCAGGAGGGCUUCGACGCCAAGAACACCAAGGACGGCGUGCAGGAGGCGUUCAAGGCCGAGCCCGGCAGCGAGAACGACCCCGGCCGCGUCGCGGAGCAGCACUUCCAGCUGAGCCAGACCAAGGGCGCGCGUGAUGCUGGUCCCCGCCAGACCGAGACUGGAGGCCAGACUGUGUACGAGAACUUGAAGAGCGAUGUUCAGGCGUAA